GGCAUUGCAUUCUAACACCCUGGAAGCCUGGGAGAGGGAUGACUAGGGAAGUGGAAUGAUGUUGAGCCCUACUUUUAUUCUGUGGGAUGUGGGGUACCCAUUGUGUACUUACGGAUCUAUCUUCAUUAUUGCAUUGAUUAUUUGGCAUGUGAAAAGGAGCUAUCGAGAAUUAAGGUUGGGACCUAACAGUAGCUGUUACAAGUGUUAUCGAAGAGUCAAACAAAGAUCUAGAGAUAGAACAUCAAGAGUUAAGAGAACGUCCAAGGAAGAAGCUGAGAAGCUGCAGAAGCUGCUGUCUGUCAUGAAAAGCCAGGGCUGGCUUCCUCAGGAAGGAAGUGUGCGGAGGCUCCUGUGCUCAGAUCCUUCGUGCCCAAUCUGCAACGCUAUGGCUCUGGAAAUUCAGCAGCUGCUGGGGGGUGAGAACAAACAGACCUCUCCUGUUCCACUGAGACCAUCCCAGAGCUUUCCUUGCCUGGAAGCAUUGUCUUCAUCCAAAGGGUUGUCUGACAAGAGUCCAGAGCUCUGUUCCCAACACUCCAGAGACAUUUCACUGGCCUCCAGCCUCACACCGUCACAGUCAACAGAUCAGAAAUCUUCAACUCAAUCAGCUGCCCCAUCAACUGGUGAUGCCAACAUCCAGUAUUACUGUCCUGAUCAUGAGCAAAAACAGGGACCUCAGGGGUCAAAUGUGUCCCCGGAUGCCGGCACGCUGUCUUCGUCAAGUGAGGAAGAACUCGGGGUUCCUGCAAACCAGCAAAAGAAGAAGAAAAGCAAGAAACUUGUCUUGAAGAACGAAGAACCUCCAGAAGCUGAAGCGGAAAAUAAGAUGACGUUCUUUUCACACUGGGUUAACCCUGAAGUUAAAUGUGAAAGGCUGGAAGAACCCAUUGUCCUGUCUAAGUCUGAAGUAGAGGCCAAACCCAAGACUGAAGAGCCUAAGAAAAGCCAAACUCCUAUCAGAGACCACAAGGAAAGAGCCAAUAAGGAGCAGACUAUGAAAGACCGGAAGGCCAAGCCUCUCUCUGCCAAGAAGACCAACUGACUUGCCUCCAUUCCAACAGUGCCUACACAGCUCCAGCAAUACCUGCCUCGGCCCAACCAACCCUGGGCCCCACAGCUACUCCCACAAAUGCUUCAAAAAUUGUUCACAAUUGAUUUGUAUUAAUCAAUGUCAGAUUUCCUCUCACCUCAGCAGAAGGCACUGGUUAGCACAGAGAGGAUAACCAUUUCAAGCCAAAAAGAGUUUGUAGGUUCCCAAAGCUCUACACCUUCCCUAAAAAGGCUGUCAACAGUCAUUUCCGUGCAAGUGAAGCAUGGCAUUCUCCAAAUAUACUCUGUACCCAUAA